GCAACAUUUUCCGCUUUACCCACUGCUGCUUAUACCUCUGUUCUUCCUCCCAAACACAAGCAAAAUUUGCGUUGAAUCAAAUUAAGGAAUCAAGAUGGACAAGAGUAUGAUUGGAGAUUUGGAUUCACUUCCUGAAGCAGAUAAGCUCAGAAUGGCCGCUAUGAUUGACCAGCUCCAAGUUCGUGACAGCUUGAGAAUGUAUAAUUCCCUAGUUGAAAGAUGUUUCACGGACUGUGUAGACAGUUUCAAACGCAAAACUUUAGACAAACAGGAGGAGACUUGUGUCCGGCGAUGUGCUGAGAAGUUCUUGAAGCAUUCUAUGCGUGUAGGUCUGAGAUUUGCAGAGCUUAACCAAGGUGCACCAACACCAGACUAAGACGCUUCUGCUAUGUGCCUGCAAUUCAAUUUCUAGUUAUUGCGGGUUAAUCAACAAGGAUAAAAAGUUGAAGUUCCUUAUUUUUGAAUGUUAACAGCUCUCCUAGUCGUAAUUGGUACAGUGACAUUAUUAGAAACUUGAAUAGUAGAACUGGAUCCUGUAACUAGAUUGCAGGUCGCUUGCUGUUACGAUAGCAUUCUUUUGUUGUGGCGUUCCAGAAAAUAAUGUGGUAUUCAACUUCAUCAAGAAUAUAUAUCUGUUGCCUUUUCUGAUAUGAUGAUAAUUUUAUGAA